CAUUCCAGUUGCAGACGCAGCAGAAAAUCUUGAAAUUGAUGGCAAUACAACGUUGAACGAAGGUGACAGAUAUGUGGUAAACUGUACUGGGGAUCUGGCUCCGCCAUCAUGUACACUCGACCUGUUUACUAGAACCGCAACUGCCACGUCAUUUACCAAUUCUUCGGUAAAUCCCCUUGUAACUAGUGGUGAUGUUACCAAGUCCUGCUACCUCCAAACAACAAAGACUUAUACUUUAAUAGCCAACAGGACUGAUAACGGCACAGAGAUGCGGUGUGAGGCAGUUAACUCUUCCCCGGGCUCACGAACGACAUCAAGUUCUCGAAUGGUUCUUGUGAAACUUGCUGAAAUACAACUCGACAGCUCGCUAGCAUCUUCUCAUGCUAAUCUACUCAUUGCUUGCAACGUUCAACAUGCACCAAAUACCUGGAAUGAGAUUAAACUAAUGUCUUCUGACAUCAGUACUGGUAUUGUCGCUGUUGGUUAUGUCAACGGAACAACACAAAAGGACAACAACUCGUACCAACUGACCUUUCAACCUUCAAGUAGUAACGUAGCAAUAAGUCUUCAAUUUCCAAACACAACGAAACAUUGUUUUGGGAGGAGGAACUACACUUGUUCACUCUAUGACAACGGCAACAUCAUUGUGGAUGCAGCGAAAUAUGUCUCCAUUCCAGUUGUAGAUACAGCAGUCAACGUUAAAAUUGAAGGCAACACCACUUUGAAUAAAGGUGACACGUAUGUAGUGAACUGUACUGGGGAUCUGGCACCGCCGUCAAGUACACUAGACCUGUACACUAGAACUGCGAACGCCGCGUCAUUUACAAAGUCAUCUGUAAAACCAAUAGUUACCAUUGAUGGUAUUUCCGAGUCGUGCUACGUCCAAUCGACAAAGAGCUACUUUUUUAUCGCUGAUAUAACUGAUAAUGGCACGGAGUUGAGGUGUGAAGCGCUAAAUUCUUCGAGUGGAUUAACAUCGAUGUCUAAAGGACAGUUAAUUAUUGUACGAGUUGCUGAAAUGGAAAUGAAUGAUUCUAUCACAACACCUGAAGAGGAGAUCACCAUUAGCUGUAAUGUACGGUACGCACCGUCCGGAUGGGAUAACUUCAGUAUAGUAUCAGUGAACAAUGAUGACAUCCACGUGACAGCCUUUUCAAACGGAACUUUUCAACAGGGCAACAGUUCUUAUACAGCUAGACUUCAACAAAGUAUUCCAUAUAUGAUACUAAGCGUGCUGUUUCCUAAUACCACGACACACUGUUACGCUAGGGGGAGUUACGUGUGUACAUUGAUAGACAACGGAAUCAUCGUCAUCAAUAAUACAGCAACAGUCAUAAUUGCAGAUAUCGCCAGCAACCUAACACUAAACGGAAUCAGCACAGUUAAUGAGGGUGACAGGUACGAGAUGAGCUGUUCUGGUAGAGUAGCUACAGAAGGCGGGGAACUCCACCUCCAUACACGAUCUGUUAAUACUUCCGACUUUGUCAGGACCACAGAAGUUCCCAUAGUUACCGUUGGUGAAAAUAAUGACUUAUGCUACCAACUCAUAACUAAAACUUACAAUUUUAUCGCUGAGAAUGUCCAGAAUGGAACAGGUUUCUCUUGCGUGGCCACUAAUGCAAAACUAUCAUCCUACCAAAGUACCAGUUCAAUCGACAUGGUAGUGGAUUUUGCAGAUUUCAGCGCAAAAUUUCAUUUAAAAAAUACUGCAUGGAUCCCUGCCUACGGUGACAAAAACAGUCCUGAAUUCAAGAGCGUUGCAGAGAAAAUUGAAAAUGACACUGACUAUGUGUACGAGAGAAGCCCUAUCAAGGAUAACUACAAGAGAAGCAAAGUCACUGAACUCAAUUUUUACAGAAUAGGAACUGUAAACGUCGUCAUCGUGAUGUUUAUAGAGAUACAAGUGACAAUCACCGAUAGUUCAAACAACGUCAUCACAACAAAACUGACCGCCACCGACAUCCUGACUGCAUUUGUGAACACUCUUCCCCAGGUUGUCAACGACCUUACCAACAGUGACCUUAAAAACGUAGACGAAAACAGCAUCGUCGGCGAAGUUACUGCUCCUGACGUUAACUAUGAAUGCAGCAAUACGAAGACUGACGUUAUAUUCCUCUUGGACGCCUCAGGAAGUAUCGGAUCAUAUAAUUUCGUAUUAAUGAAAUUCUUCAUUAAAAAUAUUACAGCAAACAUUCUGUUAGGUCCAGAGGCCAUUCAAAUCAGUAUUGCAAAAUUUUCCUGGGGUGCUUAUAAUGAGUUUUGGCUCAAUGAAUAUCAUGGAGUAUUGGAGCUCAAUAAUGCCAUAGAAUCCAUCGUAUACACCGGUGGAGGGACAUACAUAGCAAACGCCUUAAACUACGUUAGGGGAAAUUCCCUUGCCGCUGCAAAUGGAGCGAGAGAUGACUCAGAAAAGGUAAUAAUUCUGAUGACUGACGGAGUUUCGUCUGAUAAUUCGGCAACAAUCGCCAGCACACUCAGGAAUGACGGCGUUCUUGUGGCUUGUGUAGGAAUAGGAAACGGAAUAAAUACGGUUCAGUUGAAUGAAAUCGCAUACAACUCUUCCUACAUAUUCUAUGCUUCUAACUUCAACGUGUUGACACAAAUCAGUGAUACCGUAAGGAGAUCGACAUGUGACCCGACAAACAACGACAACAACUAA